CAUGGCCGCAUGGCCCGGUGACAGCGGCUAUUCAGAAAUCAAUACAGAGAAUAAUAAUUCAGACUGCUUUUUACCGAAAAUAGUCGAUCAAGAUAGUAAUUGUGAUAUAAAAAACGAACUAUUUAAUAAGGAUUCUGGAAGUUUCUUUGGUUUCGAUAAAAAAGUCUCACGGGACAGUGUGACGUCGAAAAUCGAAAUUGAAAUAUUAUCCUUAAUUAAACGAAUCAACAUAAAUCAUUCGAUACCCAAAACAUUUCAGUAACAAUGGGGGUUUCACAGAUCUAUCUAAACCAAAUAUUAAUUUACCAAAGUCAAUUAUGGAUAAAAACAAACGCAAACUCGAAGACAACAAUGCAAGAUAUAAAUGUGAAUAUGAUGGCUGCGAAAGGACAUACAGUACGGUGGGCAAUUUGCGCACCCACAUGAAAACCCAUAAAGGUGAAUAUAGGUUCAUAUGUCCAAUGCAAUCGUGCAACAAGGCAUUCCUUACGUCAUACAGUCUAAAGAUACAUGUACGAGCUCAUACAAAAACAAAACCAUUUGCUUGUAACAUCGGAAGCUGCAAUAAAGCCUUCAAUACACUUUACAGACUGAGAGCACAUCAAAGACUACACAGCGGUGACACAUUUAAUUGCAAAGCAAACGGCUGUACGAAAUUCUUUACAACACUGAGCGAUUUGAAAAAACACAUUCGAACACAUACACAAGAAAGACCAUACAAAUGCGUAACGGACGGCUGCGGCAAGUCGUUCACGGCGUCGCACCACCUGAAGGCGCACGCGCGCACGCACUCGGGCUCGCGGCCGCACGCGUGCGCGAGCGCGGGCUGCGGGCGGCUGUUCGCCUCCGCCACCAGUCUCAGGGCGCACGCUAGGAAACACCAAAUGGAAGCCGAUACACCAACUGUUGAAGUUAUUGAAAAUGAACCAACGAAAACCGACACCGACAUGAUGAAAUGGGACAGUCUACUCGAAUCUUUCGGUAGGAUUACUACCGAGUCGAACUCCACUGACGGCAGCUUGGAAGACAUAACAAGUGUCAAUCCACUCUCUAACAACAAUAUGGAUAUAACAGAACUGCUUUUUAAUAACUCAACUAACGAUUCUAAAUUCCCUAACACUAAUAAUAUUGCUGUAGAUUACGAUUUGAGUAACCUCGAAGUUCUCUCUCCGUUUAAUGUUGAUAAAGUCAUUAAAAAGGAUCCGAGUUACAACAGUUGGGUAGAUGUUACCGAUAUACAGCCGGAUGUAAUGCAACCGCCUAAAAUAGAGAUUAAACCAAAAGCAAUGCAGUUAGCGUUAGCCAAUGAAGUCGAAGUGCAAGCACCGUGGAUAGACGUGACCGCUUUAGCGUCUUCUAUACAAGAGACACCGGUUAGUAUCAAGGAUAAUACUCCGGAAAGCAUAUUUACACUCGCGACGUUUGUUCCCACACAUAUGCAAAGUUACAUAGACCUUAAUCCUGAAGUUAUUCCGACCGCCAAUCUUAUAUCACAAAGUUCAUUCGAUUUAGAUACACCGAAUAUUCUUGAUGUCAGUGAUAAAGUUUUUAAUGACAGUGAACUUGUAUCGAACCUUGAUCCGGAUAAAAUCAAUACGGAUAUUGAAUUUAUUAAAAAUCACCAUCAACCAAUCGACGAUAGAACAUUAAACACCCCUCCUCCGAGUAAGGUACAGCAGAAUAUUGAAAUAAAUCCUGCAAACUCUGUCUCGUUCAAUACCGAGUUAACACUUGAAGAUACGCUGCUAUUUGAUAAUGAACCCCCAUCCGAUAUGUAUGUUGUACGAACGGAGAAUAUAUUUGGCAAAAAAGCUAGAAAUUCUCUAGAACAACUGGCCGCUGAUGCAGGUAUCUGUUCUUGCAAGGAAUGCAAAUGCAGUCCAAAUAAUGGUGAAUGUAGAAAUUGUCAAGAACACGAAACGCCGGAAAAAAGUGUUUGCUGUGAUGAUAAAUGUUCAUGUGUUGAUUGUAAAUGUAACCACGCCGAAAUGAAAUGUGCCGUCGGUUGUGGCAAAGCAACGGAUACGAACCACAAUACAUUUCUACACUAUCAUAGACGACAUAAUAAUUCAAAUCUUGAAGAUUUCGGUGUUUACACACAUGAGUGUGAUGAAUCGUUUCCGAAUAUUAUUAAUAGUAUAAAAUGUUCUUGUAGUGAAAGUGAAUUAAAUAAAAGUACGAAAACUGAUCGAUGUUGCGGUUCCAAUACUAAUACAAAAUCAUGCUGUGUAACAAUAUGCUUUAAGAAAUUAGAUGCUUUCAAGCAGUUUCUAUCAGAAUCCGAUUUGUUAAAUGCUCUCAAACUGCAUAAUUUCAACUUGACCACAGGCUAACUAUAAUGCUUAUUAGAGAAACCUACUGCAUUUAAUUUUGUACAAAGCAUUCAGUUCCUUGUACAAUGAUUGUUAUAAAAAAUAUUUUGUUAUUUUACAGAUUUUUAAACGAAUUUAUUGUUAAAUUCAGAGAAUUUAUUUAUCAUAGUAUUUAUAUCAUACAUUAUUUAAAAAAAGUGAGUUGGUCUAUUAAUUAAGAACUAUUCUUGAUUGCCAAAUAAAAAAAAAUACAUAUUACUAAACUACCAAAAUAAUUGUGUCCAAAGAAUGAUUAGUGAUAUUUUAUGAUGAACUUUUGAACAAAUUUGAUAUAAAUAUAAAAUCUUGCCAUAGUUAAACACUAGUUAGAAUCAAAAAAGAUAUUUAUAGAAUAUAUAUAUAUACAAUUUUUUAUACUUUAUACACAUAAUAAGUCUAGGCUGAUGUUUUACUGUUGACUAUAAUGGUCAGUUUAUAUCCAACAAAGCUCAUAUAGAGCAAACUUUGUCAAUUUAUUAAUGCAAUUAAAAAUAAAAUGCCAUGAUAUGGUGCCAUAUAUUUAAAUAUUUUUAAGAUUUAUGGAAUGAAAUGUAUUUUAUUUAAAAAAGAAAAUUAUUAUUAUAUAUUAUUGAGUAAUAUUAUCACAAAAGUUUACAUUUGGUGCUAUUAAAGCUGGACCCAGUGCCUUAAUUUCAUGUACUUAAUUUGUGCCUGUACAUAUUAGAUAUGAGAUUUUUAAAUAAUUAUUUAUAAGAGAGCAAUAAUCAAAUGCUGUAAUCUCUAGUCUGUGUAACAAAUAAAAUGCUUUUUUAAA